CUAGGAACGUCCCGCCGACGGUUCCGGGAGAAUCGCUGCAAAUGCUAUGUGCAAAGUGUCGAAUCGCCCCAUGGGCCACGCCUUGUGGAUAAUGUAGCGAUUGAGCUUCGAAAUCAGGCGGAGAAAAAAGGAUGUAUAUAACGGACGGCAUCGCGUGCCAUAUCUUCUGACAGCCCCUCACCGCCCGUCCGAAAUCGAAGUACAAUCGCACAAUGCUCAUCGGCAACCUCCUCCCACUCCUUGCGGUCAUCGGCUCUGCCGCGGCAGCUCCCAGCUCAAAGCCACGAAAGGGCUUCGUCACGACUUCGGGCACCAAGUUCCAGCUCGACGGAAAGGACUUCUACUUCGCGGGGAGCAAUGCGUACUAUUUCCCCUUCAUCAACAACCAAACCGACGUCGAGAUUGGCCUCAAGGUCGCCAAGAAGGCCGGCCUGAAGGUAUUCCGCACGUGGGGCUUCAACGACAAGAACGUAACGACGUCCGCGACCGGCCUUCCCGCAUACGGCGGCGAGGGUGCCGGGGCCACCGAGGUGGUAUUCCAGCGCUUCGACAACGGCAAGCAGAUCAUCCAGAUGGGCUCGAACGGGAUUCCGGCGUUCGACAAGGUCGUUCGUGCGGCCGAGAAGACCGGGAUGAAGCUUGUGGUGGCGCUCACGAACAACUGGGCCGACUACGGCGGCAUGGAUGUGUACACCGUCAACCUCGGCGGCAAGUACCACGACGACUUCUACCGCCUGCCGGCGGUCAAGGCCGCGUUCAAGAAGUAUGUCGCAGCGUUCGUGGGCCGCUACAAGGACUCGGAGGCGAUCAUGGCGUGGGAGCUCGCCAAUGAGCCGCGCUGCGGCGCAGACGGCGUCCGUAACCUCCCCCGCAGUGAGAACUGCACGCCCGCGCUCAUGUCCGCCUGGAUCGAUGAGAUGUCGACGUUCGUCAAGAGUGUUGACCCCCACCAUCUGGUCACGUGGGGCGGCGAGGGCGCCUUCAAUAUCGUGAGCGACGAUUGGGCGUACAACGGCGCUGACGGGAGUGACUUCGACCAUGAGCUCGCGCUCAAGAAUAUCGACUAUGGUGUCUUCCACAGCUACCCGCAUUGGUGGACGAAGACGCUGGAGUGGGGGAACCAGUGGGUGCGGGACCAUGCCACGAGUAUGCGGAAAGUCGGCAAGCCCGUGGUGCACGAGGAGUACGGCUGGUUGACGGCCGAGAAACAACUCGAGUACCUCGGCAAGCAGGACAACAUCACGCGCACCGAGGCGGUGGGAGGAUGGCAGGAGAUCGGGCUCAAGGAGAAGCUCUCUGGCCAAAUGCCCUGGCAGUACGGAUACUCCGGUUACUCCUUCGGACGGAACCACAACGACGGUUUCACAAUCUACAUGGAUGAUGCCGAGGCGAAGACGUUGGUGUACGACUUUGCGAAGAAGGUGGAGAAGUUGAACAAGAAGUAAUGGGUGCAAUAUCGAUACAUAGUGGUAGUGUAAAACAGAGUGGAUUUGUAGCUAUAGCAGGACUCCAGUAGUUAAUCGGAGCAAGUUGAGGAGUAUUGAGUGUAUUACACCCUUUGGUUCCAGCCUCCAUGCCGUACGAAUACAAUUUUUCUAUAUCUAAAUAUCAGAUAUCCACAUGAACAGAUGUACAUA